GAGCGUGAAGAACCAGCAGUACCGAUUCAGCGUCAUCAUGAACGAGCUCUCCAACACAGAUAACGUGCCAUACAUGGUGACGUUGCUGAGUGCCAUCAAUGCCAUCAUACUAGGGAAAGAAGAGCUAAGAACAAGGACACAAAUCAGAAAUGAGUUCAUAGGCCUUCAGCUGUUGGAUAUUUUAGACAAACUAAGAGACAUAGAGGAAGAGGAUCUGAUUAUCCAGUGUGAUACAUUUGAGGAGUUCAAGACAGAAGAUGAUGAGGAGUUAUUAAAGAUAUGCGAUGGGAUCAACAUGAAUGAUCAUCAUGAGGUCUUUUCAUCUCUCUUCAAUAAAGUGAGCCGCUCUCCAGUCUCCAUCCAACUGCUGUCCAUCCUCCAGAGCCUGCUGCACCUGGAACCAUCUCAUCACUCCAGCCUUCUGCUGUGGGAAUCCUUGGAUGCAGUAGUGAACAGAGCCCUUUUGCUUGCUAAUGACAUCCAAGAGAACACAGUUGAAGAAGUCAUCGAGAGGCUGCUAUCUAUCAAGAAACAUCCAAACAAGCAGAAGCAGGCUGAAAAUCAGCUGACUGAGAGUGCAAAUGGAGGCAUCCAGGCUGAGCUAGAACCAUGCACAUGUGCAGCUCGGAGGCCCAUGGGAUCAUCAAACCCCUCCAAAGCAUCAACAGCUCCCUCAGAGGCACCUGCUAAUGAAAAGAAAAUCACAUCUCAUCUCCCAGCCUGCUGUCCUUUGCCAGAGACAUCUAACCCUCCACACAACACUGCUCCUGCCCCACCUCCUCCUGCCCCACCACCUCCACCCCCACCCCCACCACCUCCACCCCCACCAUCUGCCAUGGUAGCAUUAACUCCCACAUCCCCUGUGAUGAAUGCACCCCGAGCCCCUCCACCCCCUGGUGUUCCUCCACCCCCACCCCCACUGCCCAGCAUGGGGGGCAUUCCUCCCCCUCCACCCCCACUACCUGGCAUGGGAGGUAUCCCACCCCCUCCACCACCAUUGCCCACUGUGGGCGGUAUCCCACCCCCUCCACCUCCAUUGUCUGGCAUGGCAGGCAUACCCCCACCUCCACCCCCCUUGCCUGGCAUGGCAAGCAUGCCCCCACCUCCACCCCCACUGCCUGGCAUGGGUGGCAUACCCCCACCUCCACCCCCCUUGCCUGGCAUGGGUGGCAUUCCACCCCCUCCUCCGCUCCUGCCUGGCAUGGCAGGAGACCAUAUAGAAGCUGUAGUGGCUUCCCAGUUCAGCUGCCCUCUUGGCUUUGGGAGGCCUCCCCACAAGCCAGUGAAGACCCCCACAUUGAGAAUGAAGAAACUGAACUGGCAGAAGCUGCCUUCCAAUGUGGUGAGAGAAAGCCAUUCAAUGUGGGCUUCAGUGAGCAGCAGCAGUGAGGAAACUAUAGAGCCCAAUUACACAAGCAUAGAGCAGCUGUUUUGCUUUCCACAACCAACCCCUAAGGAGAAAACAGCCGCACCACUGAAGGCAGAACCGAAGGAGAUCACAUUUUUGGACUCCAAGAAAAGUCUCAAUUUGAACAUAUUUUUGAAGCAAUUUAAAUGCUCCAAUGAAGAGGUGGCUGCCAUGGUCCAGAACGGGGAUCGGACAAAGUUUGAUGUUGAAGUUCUGAAGCAGUUGCUGAAGCUGCUACCUGAAAAGCAUGAGAUAGAAAACCUGAAGGCCUUCAAAGAAGAUAAAUCAAAGCUAGCAAAUGCAGAUCAGUUUUAUCUUCUGCUUCUUCAGAUUCCCAGCUACCAGCUGCGCAUUGAGUGUAUGCUGAUCUGUGAAGAGACCACUGUUGUGCUGGACAUGAUUCAGCCGAAAGCUGACGCCAUCCGGAGAGCCUGUGAAGACCUUCUGAGCAGUCAUCGCCUGCCACUCUUCUGUCAACUGAUUCUCAAAGUUGGAAACUUUCUGAACUACGGAAGUCACACGGGUGAUGCCGAUGGCUUUAAAAUCAGCACUUUGCUCAAGCUGACAGAAACCAAAGCCAACCAAACCCGCAUCACACUGCUCCACCAUAUUCUGGAGGAAGUAGAAAACAGCCACAUGGACCUACUGGAACUGCCAAAGGAUCUUGAAUAUGUUUCAAAAGCAGCAGGAAUGAAUCUUGAUAUCAUACACACGGAGUCCAGUACCAAUUUAAAGAAGUUGCUGGAGCUUCAGCGAAGAGUUUUAUCAUCAAAUGAUGAUGUGAAACAACAGUAUGAGAAACCUAUCCAGGAUAGCAUUGAUGCCUCCAGGAAGCUGGAAGAAGAAUUUGAAACCAUUGAAAGGAAAAGAGAAGAACUUGCAAAUUACCUCUGUGAAGACCCAAGCAAGUUGUCCUUAGAGGACAUAUUUAGCACCAUGAAGACCUUCAGAGAUCUCUUCAUUCGAGCCCUGAAGGAAAACAAGGACAGGAAGGAGCAAGCUGCCAAAGCAGAGAAGAGGAAGAAACAGCUGGAAGAGGAAGAGGGGAAGAGACAGAAGGGAGAAAAUGGAAAAGUCAUUAAGAAGGGGGUGGUGAAGCAGGAGGAGGUGUGCGUGAUCGAUGCGCUGUUAGCCGACAUAAGGAAAGGGUUCACGCUGAGAAAGACAAAGAACAGAUACGAGUCGGAUGCGGCUCCUAAAGCCUUGCCGGAGGAGAGCCCAGAGGAGAGCCAUUCUGGGAAGAACAUUAAGGAUCCACGAGCAGCAGGAAAGCAGACUGAUGAUAAAACCAAGCAAAACAAUGAUGGUCAUCCCUCAGAAAGCAUUCCCCUCUCGACCACUGCCUUGAUGGAGAUGGCUGGUGAUGUUACAGAUGCCUCAACUUCAAACCAGCCAUUGACUAAAGACAGAGCAAGAGAAAAUUUGCCACCAGGGUACCGGACAGAAAGCUCCUCGGUAAGUUUGGAGGAAGCUGACAGGGCCAACAGCUCCAUUGCCUUCUCUGCUGCUAACAUAGACACAAGGAUGAAGUUUGUGAGCAGCGGUCUGGACACUUCUCUAAGAGAACAAUUCAACCAGGCCACUUCAGAAGACCAGGACAAGGACCUCCCAGACAGUUACAAACUGGCACAGGAGCCAGAAACUUGGCUAAGUGAGACUGGGAUUGACUCUGGCAGUGCUCAGUUUGCUACCUGUGAUGAGGCUCAUCAGGCAGAGUCAAAAGAGAUGGCAAAGGAAAAUGAAGACCCUGGUACAGACUCGCUCUUGGACACCUCUCAAGAGAAGUCCUUCUCAGAGGAGCCAGCAACUGACUCCUCUUGUUCAGCAACUCAGCCCCCAGGACAAGCUCACGCUGACAGGGAAAAGCAGAGGCCAUCUGGGAAACGAAGGAAGAAGAAGAGGCACAGCAAAAGCUACUCAGAGGUUGAGGCUGAUACUGGAGAUAAUAAAACAAAAAAAGGUUGUGUGGUACAAUGAGGUGUCAUGGCAAGACAGAAGAAAUAGCAGAGACUCAGCAAACACUCACAUGUCUCUGGAGUGCUGCCAACUUCUCAGAAGUCAGGUUCUGCAUCACAAAACAUCACCGUGGUCACCAGGACACACUGCUUCCUUUCACACAGCCUCCCCCAGGGCCCCCAAGAGAGCCUCCUCAGAGACUUCAGCCCCCACAUCCUGGGCCUUAUGCCAUGGGGACAGGGGCUGGUUCUGUGCGUUGCAGCGUGAAAGCAUCAGACUUUUUUUCUGCUGCCCUGGAAGCCAAGUCUUUAAACCUGCUCUUAGGCCAAACUCCUCCUAAAACAACAGCUGAGUGUGAUCUAAGAAAGGACUGCAGUGUUGAACCCUCAGAGAAUUUAUUUUUUAAAUAGCAGUGCCUCGACCAAAUUAAGGGUAUAAAUUAAGCAGUGGCUGUACCAUCACCGGCGGCAGCCUGCGAACUCCCUCUUCUCGUCGCCCACUGACAGUUUAUAUUGGACUAUAGCCAAGACCCACAUCAGACAAAUGUAUUUUUACUCUCAAUCACUUAAAGCAAAGGAAAUGAGUUACAGAGGAGAAUAAUAAUAAAAAAAAAUAGCUGGGGUUUGGGUAUUUUUUUAAGUAUGUAUUUUAGUAAGCAUAUGGCCAUAUAAAUAGUGGCUGGUUCCGACAUGCUACUUAUGUGCAACGAAGUUGAAGCACAUCAGUAGUCUUGCAGUAGUCUUGUCAUGUGCACAGGUGCAUCCAUCAAUUUUUGGAGGGCCAGAGCCCCAUUUCUUCUUACUAAAGCAACAGAAAGAGGUUUUCCAAAGUGCUCUAUCGGACAUAUUUUCAGCUCCUGUUUCAGUAAAUCUCUGGGUUUGGGUGCCGUUGUCAGCUGCUUGCACUCAACAGUCUUCGUGUUCAUGCUGCAGAACAUGUAGAUUCGUGCUACCUUUGCUCUAAAACUGGGACUGUGCAGUAUUGUGGUUCAAAACCUCAAAGCUUUGUUCCUCAAGUUUUGUAAUAACAUUGUACCAUAGUUUUGUAUAUAGCUGUCCAUUUAAAGUGAUCUGUGUUUGUUGAAUCUGUGGUGUGGUACUGUGCUGAAACAUGAAUCAAGUGGAAGAGCUGGGUACAUUUAAGAGUUAUGCCUUUAUAUGGUAACUCACUGUGGCUAGACUAACGUUCAGGCUAAAGCUUAUUUUGCUUUGCUUUACAGGACUUGUAAUGUCCUUGUAAUAUUGAAAACUGCUUGGCUAAGUUAGAAGCUAAACCAAGAAUUAAAUCACUGGUUUGUUUUAACCAAA